GGGAGCUGCGCCGCGAGCAUGCCCAAUGGGCCAGCUCUUGCAAGCUGAGGAUGCCUCGGCCACGGCGGCAACUGGAGCCUCAGGAGCCUUCGGAAGACCUAGCGCUGGAGGAGGUUGAGGAUGCGGAGGUGAAUGAAGUCAACGAGGUCAAUGUGCCAGAGGCCUUGGACACGGAGUCCGCAGCCAGCACUGCGCAGUCCUUCCUGCUGCGGCAAACGGCCGCGAGCAUUGAAUGGGUGAAGCCGGCCAUCGUCAUCACCCCGGAUCCAGGUGAUUGCAAAUCAGAGGAUGGCAGGCAGCGCAGCGCCGGCACAAGCAAGGCGGGAAGCAAGGAGGCGCCCGCCCCACGGGCUUCGCGCCGGGAAGAGACGAUGCGAGAACUCCGGCACAGCGUCAGCGUGGCGCAGAAGGUGCAGGACCUCGAGUGGCGGGACUCGCAGUUCGGCAACAAGGCCACGGAGGUGGCAAAGGCGAUGCGGCUGGAUGUGAAGAGUUUGCAGGGCUCCCGUUUGCUCUUUCACCGCUGGAUCUCCUGGUCUGGCUUCGACACUCUCAUUGGCCUUGUCAUCAUUGCGAACGCAGCGACGAUCGGCCUGGAAGCUCACUUCAAUGCGGCUCUACCUUUGGGCUGCGACGCCCUCUGCGUCUGCCCAGAAGACGCCGGACAUUGCGAGCCUGUGCCUCUGUGGCUAACCCUGGUGGACUAUGCCUUCUUCCUGGUGUAUGUUGCAGAGUUUUGCCUGCGGUUCUAUGCCUACGGCCGCAUCUGUCUCCGCAGCAACUGGGUGAAGUUCGACCUCUUCCUCAUUAUUUCCAGUACCUGCGAUCUCCUCCUCAAGCUUUUGAAUGUCCAGAAUGACCUCCUGAACCAGGUGAUGCUGGUGCGCAUGCUGCGGCUGCUGCGCCUUGCGCGUGCGGUGCGCCUGAUGGUUCAGUUCCAGACUCUUUGGCAGCUGGUCCAGGGCCUGCUGCACAGCGUCACAACGCUUCUGUGGACAUUCUUACUGGUCAUGAUCCUCAUUUACAUUUUUGCCAUCAUUGGCAUAGAGUUUAUUGCGGUGGACGCCGAGCUGCCGGAGGAUCAUCCUUACAAUGUGGCGGCCAGGGAAAACUUCAGCAGCUUCGGGGACGCUGUCAUCACCUUGCUGCAGAUGUUCAGCAUGGAUAGCAUCGGCUCGAUCUAUCGGCCGUUGGUGAAGCAUCGCUUCCUCCUCUUCUUUUACUUCAUGACGGUGUUGCUGAUCUUGGCCAUUGCACUCAUGAACUUGGUCACUGCAGUCAUGGUGAAUUCCUCCCUGGAUCAGGCAUCCGAGGAUAAGGAUGCCAAGAAGGCUUGGGAGGAGGCCAAGAAGAAGAAGCAGAUGGAGGAGUUGAAGCUCAUGUUCCACGAGCUGGAUGAGGACGGGUCUGGGGACCUCAGCUUGGACGAGAUCCGCACGGCGCCGGAGCAUCUGCGGCUGGAGCUGAAGGAGCUGGCGGGCAAUGCGGAUAUCGAAGAGCUCUUCGUGAUGCUGGACUACGAUGGCGGCGGGGCUGUGGACUCCGACGAGUUCUGCGAAGGCGUCUUCAAGGCUGCGAGCUGUGACAAGGAGUCCAUGGAACUGAGCCGGCUCACAAAGCAGUGCAGCUUGGUGCUGGGCAACAGCCGGUCCCUGCUCACCGCAGUGUCUGGACAAGAAGCUCCCCGCCAAGUGGAGGAUGGCAGCUUGGAGACACGCAUCGGAAAGCUGGAGCAGGAGGUUCAGAGCAUGAGGAGCAAUAUGCGCCGGGUCUUGAUGCUAGUCGACGAAAAACCCAGCUGAGCGGCGAGCGAAGCCGGGUAGAUUCCAUGUGCUGCCUUGUGGUUGACAGGCCCCCGUCCACGGGAAGCCCUGAAUUGCCAGCUUGAGAUUUUUGAGUGGGACCUUGCAGUCUGCUCUCAUGAGUUUCUUGUGGUUGGCCCACUCGCUUUUUGGGGCUGCCACCAUUGACUCAUGCCACGCAUCUUUGACUGCAGUUAAUGCCUUUGAGGCUGCCGGGCCCGACCUGUCCAUUUUCUCACGGACAGAGGGCCUGGGUCAGUAGCCUCGUAUCCCCGUUAGGUUGCCUCAAGCUUGUCUUGAGGCAAACUCGGGAGAUCAUGUCACCCCAUGUUUUCAACGCAAAUCUCGAAGAGAUUUGCGCGCCCCCCAGGCGCCCCAUAGGUGGUCAUCCUGCGCCGUGGCU